UUAUUGAAUUGAACAUGGAAAAUAAAAAAUUGAAAUCCAAUAAUAAUUUCUUCUAGUUCUAUAAUUUGCUCCCUUCUAUUCUCCGCUUGGUUGGUUGAGAGCGACGACAAUAUUCACUUUGCCAGCCACUCCCGUACUCCUCUCCUCUCGUACGGUAUCCGCUCUCAGUCUCGGGGAAGGGAAGGGCUCAACAAUGGCGCAGGAGAUCCGCUACUUCGACUUGAACACUGGUGCGAAAAUUCCUUCCGUCGGGCUUGGAACUUGGCAGGCGCCUCCAGGUGUAGUCGGCCAAGCUGUUGAAGCAGCCGUCAAGAUUGGAUACCGCCAUAUCGACUGUGCCCGGGCUUAUGGAAAUGAGAAGGAGAUUGGUGAUGCUCUGAAAAAGCUCUUUGAUGAGGGAGUUGUCAAGCGAGAAGAUUUGUUCAUUACAUCUAAACUUUGGUGUUGCGACCACGCUCCUGAAGAUGUCCCUGGAGGAUUGGACAAGACGCUGGAAGAAUUGCAACUCGACUAUGUAGACUUAUACCUCAUUCAUUGGCCAGUGAAGAUGAAGAAAGACUCUGUUGGCUUUGUUCCCCAAAACCUCCUUCCCACAGACAUACCUGCCACAUGGAAAGCCAUGGAAGCACUGUAUGAUUCCGGCAAGGCCCGAGCUAUUGGAGUCAGCAACUUCACAGUAAAGAAAUUAGGAGAUCUCUUAGACGUAGCCCGCGUGGCACCUGCUGUCAACCAGGUCGAAUUGCAUCCGUCGUGGCAGCAGCCAAAACUUAGGGAGUUUUGCAAGGCCAAAGGAGUUCACCUAACUGGAUACUCACCACUCGGUUCUCCGGGCACGACAUGGCUAAAAAGCGAAGUCCUCCAGCACCCGGUCGUAGUCUCCACUGCAGAAAAACUUGGUAAAACUCCAGGGCAGGUCGCGCUUCGAUGGGGACUGCAGAUGGGGCACAGUGUUCUACCGAAAAGCACAAAUCCAUCGAGGAUCAAGGAAAACUUGGAUGUUUUUGGCUGGUCCAUUCCUGAUGACUUGUUCGCCAAAUUCUUCGAUAUGAAGCAGGAAAGAAUGUUGAAAGCUAGUUUUGCAGUGCAUGAGACGCUCAGCCAAUACAAGACUCUUGAAGAAUUGUGGGAUGGCGAGAUUUAAAAACGCGUUUUCACUACGCGUCAUUCUUAAAAUGCGCUUAUAAUGGCUUUUAUGAAUUGCCACUAUUACUGUUCCUCUUGGUUCUUACCAAUUACUCUUGUUAUUUAUUAGUGUUCCAAAUUAUGACCAAUCCAGCUCAAUUUUGUUUUA